AUGAUGAGUGCCUCUGAGAGUGCACCGCCUGUUACUGGCAUCCAGGCAAAAAGGGACGGACAUCAUACUCCCAAUAUUAGCAUAUCAUCUCAGUCGCACGCCUGUAAUGCCGCUUUCGAUAGGUUGCGCCAAAGUAUACCCAACUCCGCAUAUCGUGGCUUAGAAAACGCAGUCGCCGAUGAGGUAGGGAGGUUCAAAAUAUGGGCGGCAAACAUCGGUGCUCUACAGGAUGCAAAGUCCGCGAGUUCGUUAGACUCAAGAUUGAAAACAUCCGACCGUAUGCGACAAUUUGUCUCAUCCGAUCUAACUCGUCUGAAAGAUGUCCUUGAUAGAGCUGCUGGUAUAAUUUCAGGAGAUUUACCAAACAGGACGAGCCAACCAUUAGUCUCAGAGGAGGAUGUGGCCACGCGAUCCGUCGAAAUCGUCUUUAGAAGUGACGCUGGAAACAUUAUGGGUGAUGAAAGUUCGACGUCAGACACGACCGAACUAGCUCAGCUGUUUCUGAACAUUCAGUCAUGCAUCACACACCUCUUUACUCUAUCAACUCUGAUCCGAAAAGACCGGCCCCGCGGUCGCAUAGGACGACAAAGACCACAGGACUCGGUGCCAGAUCCCGGACCUGAUAUCGUCAACGCUCGAGAUAAGUUUCCAAAACUUAAGCAAAGACCAUGGCUCGCAGAAAGGAUAGGUACAUGGGUAAGCAAGCAGAGAGACUACGUUCGUUACCGGCAAGACCACCGAAAGAAGAUGUCACGAUCCAAUAAGGACGCAUCGGACGAGACUCGAUCCACCCGUGCUACAACGAAAGCGACCACUUAUAACGACCCCUCCAGUGGGCAAGAGGCUAUGAAUUCAAAUUCCAUAAGUGCUAGAGAAGGAAGUUUUACCAGUGUCGCCACGUCAUUUGCUACUACUGCUGCUGGCGACAUGGCUUCUGGUCGCCGGAUCCCAAAUCUGACAGACAUGUGGCUCGAUGGUGUUAAGUUGGGCUAUAACCAGAAUAUCGAAUGCCCGUUUUGCCGUACCAUUCAGAUAAUAGAGAACAGGAAUCAAUGGAAACGACACGUCUAUCAAGACAUUCAAAUGUAUGUCUGCACCUUUGAGAAGUGCGAAGCAGAGCCCUUUGCGUCCUCUCAUGAGUGGUUUAAGCACGAGAUGGAAAAUCAUCGACAAGAAUGGAAGUGUUAUCUGUGUCAUGUCGAAUGUAAUACUGAAUCCGCGCUUGAGGGACAUUUUGGCUCGAAACAUUCUGGACUUCUGUCGUCGGCACAGAUGCGUGUGAUGGCAAAGGCCUCCAAAAAGGCACUCACGAACUUUGAUAAGAAUGCUUGUCCACUAUGUGACAACUGGAAGCCUUCACCAACUGGCAAGGAUAACACCAGGAAAUUUCGAUCCCAUCUUGCCAAACACCUUCAAGAGAUCGCCCGGGAGGCAUUGCCUCUGGCCAUCGAAGGUCUUGAGGUCAGAGAAACUGAUAGCGAUGGCGACUCAUUAUCAAGCGAAAAUGAUGAUCAGACAACUGAAAAAACUAAGGACGCUCCUGAAGUAACCUGGAUCCCGUUUGGAAGGUUUCGUUUUGAGGAAAACGGUAGAUGUCUUGUAUCUGGAUACGACGGGACCAGUUUCUGCCAGGCCGAAUUCGACAACCCGUAUGAGCUUGAGAAUCACUGGAAAACUGAGCAUCUACGAGAUGCUGCCGCCUCAAUUAUUGCAUGCCAGGACUGCGCACGUAAGAUGGUCGGGUUGUGGUGUACCAACUGUCCCGAGAGGAACACCUCCGAUCAAUGGUACUACGCAACCUCCAACAAAAAUAUACAGAUAAAGCCGUCACAUUAUCAGUCAUUGUUAGGUAAAGUUGAGCAGAGGCUUAGGAUUAAUGAGCGGCUUGCAGCGGAAGCCAGAAGUAGAAAAUCAGACGCUACAAAUUUGGCAGAGCCUUAUCUUCCGGCCGUCGAAGGUGGACAACAUGAGCCAGAAGAAACAUACCAACAGCUCUCUUUUAGCAGAGAGAUGGAUUUAAGCCAACAGUACACGGCCUAUGAAGCCAAACAAAAGGCGGAAACCGACGCUCAAGGGAAUAUAAUAUCUCCCCAACCACAGCCAUCUUCAAUGCAGAGCCAAGGUGGCACUGAAGAAUCUUCUCUGACAAAGGGGAAACAUACAGCUGAUAUUGGUAAAGACUUCGUUGCAUAUAAUCUGUCGCCACAGCUUGCCUCCCCAUCAGAUCGGCAGGGGAAGAAGAUAGAGAAGGGCAGCGAGGAUGAUGCCUCAGAGGAAGACAUUUCAAAAGCUCAUUCAGACAGAAGUCCCAUCGAUGAUUUCUGGGGGUUUUCAUUAGGCAAAAAAGGAAAGAAGAAGAGUAUAAGGAACGUUCUGCCUGAGGAGGAGCAUCAAAAAACAUCACAAGAAGAACUAACUUCCGAUGAAAUUUGGGCUCUAUGGGGUACAAAAGCCAGGAAGAACAAGAAGACACUUUCCAAGGAAAUAGACCGGGCGCACCACGAAGCUGAAGUAGCCAUGGGUACCAAGGAACAAAAGACUGCACAAACAGCGGAUGAAAACCACAAGGGCUCCUUGACUCUUGGUGUCACUAACCGCCAAGAUACCAAUGAGAGUGGCAUUUCUCAAGAUCAUCCUGUAUACAGGGAUGCCACCCCACAAGCCGAUGAACACUUCCACUCUCUGCCCGAUAACAGCAGAGAGCACAGUAAAGAGGAUAAACAAACCAUUUGGGUUUGGUAUUGUAGUAAUUGCAGGGUCGGGCCUUUCAACAUUUAUAGGGACCACGCAUGCCCGUCCUGCUAUCACUGGCGCUGCAACGAUUGCGACGUGCAGCAAGUACUUAUAAGUCGACGAACUUCAAGAGAACAUUUUGAAGCCAAAGAGAACGCUGAUCAACACAAGAGGCCCUCCAGUUUCGACUUCCAGUCCCUAGAGUACAGCGACGACGGCUCAGUGCACCCUUUGAUGCUUCAUGGCUCAUAUCCUUUCCCUCCUCUUGUUAAUACUAGCUCACAAAAGCCAUCUGAGGAAACGACAAGAGACUUGUCUACCAGAAGUCCAAUCAUGUCAGCCGCGAGCCCUCCCCUCACUCAUCAAGAACCAAUCGAACGCCGCCCAUCAUCUCGUGAUACUUCUUACGACCCAUUUGGCACCCCGAUGAACAUUGCAGCUCGCGCUCGCCAGCGUUCAAUAGGACGCCGUCGGGAAGCACGUUUCAAUAAAGAAAAGGAUCGUACAAAGUCACGAUAUCAGGGUGGCCAGGUCUCGAUGGAUGUGCAAUCUCCAGACCAGGAGGAAACAGCUGAAGUAGAAAGAAACGCCGACGAAGACGAGAGCUCUCGUCGGGGUCGUGAUCGCUUUCGUGAGCGUUUGGUUCGGACUACUCCGAUUCCGCAAACAAGUAUGCGCAAUGAAAGCCCUCUUGUAAGCGAUUAUCUCGACUACGGCACAGAUGAAGUAGAAGAUGGCAAUUAUCAUCCUCACCCUCUUUAA